UAAUUUAAUAUUUUCUGAUUAUUUAUAUUCUGUACUCUAAUUCAUGAUUGGUUGAACUUUUUAAAAGUGGAUAUUUCUUAAUCUGCGUGCUCUAUACUAAAACGUCUUAUAUUUUGAAACGGAUGAGUAUUUGAAUAAGUAUCAUUAUUUCAAUAUAAUUUUCACAAAAAUGUAUAAAAUAUUUCAUUUCCAAAGUGCCAGAAGGUAGCCUAUAGAUACUUAUCCCAGCCAUUAAAAAUAUUUCAUUUCCAAAGUUAUUUGUUAAUACCAAUUACAUGAAUUAAAUAUGACUUGGAACCCUAAGCGUUACUUUCAUUUGACGAACAAAGUUUAUAUAUAAUCUUCAGAAAGCAAACAAAAAGGAGAAGAAGAGUCUUGCAUCUGGAGAAGAAGUAAAUUGAAAUAUGGCACCCAAGCAGCCGGAAGAAAUCGAGAAUCCUCCGACGGCGUCGGCAUCUUCAUACGAAGAAGAAGAAGAGUCUGGUUCAACUGAAAAUGAAUCCGGUUCUUCUGGUGAGGAGACUGACUCUUCGGAUCAUGAAGAUGAAGAGGCAGAGAAAAUGUCAUAAGCACAUGUCAUAAGCACUCCCUUAUCUUCUGGUCAAGAGCUCUUCUUCUUUAAGGUUAAGAAUCCGACUUGUUUGGGUAUUGAUGAAGCAGAGUGGAUUGCAAGCUGUCUUCUCAACCUAAUAAACUCCGGUACACCGGAAGUUCAAGAUCGGAGAACAGAGAAGAAGAAGGAUAUAACAAACUUUCUUAUUCAGCUUAAAAUGUUGUUACAACCAACUUAA